AGCACUCACUGUAGUGUAUUUUUAUGCACCAUGGUCACCACAGUACAAACAGAUGAGUGAAGUGGUCCAAGUACUAAGUAAAGACAAYCCACAUGUCACCUUUGUUAAGCUUGAAGCAGAAAAACUACCMGAAGUCUCUUAUAAGUACGAAAUUAGUGCCGUCCCAACAUUCCUUCUAUUCAAAAAUCAGAAGGUUGUUGACCGAAUCAAYGGAGCUAAUGCGCCUGAACUCACCAAGAAAGUCGACCAUCAUUCUAGCAUAAUAACGCCUCCUGUGGUWAACGACAGUGAACCAGMUAAAGAGGACCUGAACACUAGACUUAAAAACAUCAUCAACAGUGCUAACUGCAUGCUGUUUAUGAAAGGAACACCAGAUGAACCUAGAUGUGGUUUCAGCAGACAGGUUAUUGGUAUUCUGAAUGGUGUWGGUGCAGACUACAGUACAUUUGAUAUACUCAAAGAUGAUGAAGUUCGGCAAGGUCUUAAAAAAUAUUCAAAUUGGCCAACUUACCCUCAGUUGUAUGUAAAUGGCGAACUUGUGGGUGGUCUGGACAUCAUUAAGGAAUUGGCAGAAGAAGGUGAAUUAAAGAGUAUGUUACCUCCAAAGGUUGAUUUGAAGACAAGAUUGGAAUCGUUAAUAAAUUCUUCACCAGUGAUGYUGUUUAUGAAAGGAGACCAGGACACUCCCAGAUGUGGCUUCAGUAGACAAAUGUGUGAAAUACUCAAAAAAUACAAGCCAAAGUUGUCGCUUCAAACGUUUGACAUUCUGCAGGACAAUGAGGUACGUGAAGGUCUGAAGAAACAUUCAAACUGGCCAACUUAUCCCCAGCUCUACGUGAAUGGAGAACUUGUUGGUGGACUAGACAUAGUUAGGGAGCUUGAUGAGAAUGGUGAACUUGAAGAAACUCUUGGSUCAUAAGACUAAAUCAGAGACAAAGGUCAUCGUAGGCUGCUUUGCUGGCCAGUGCUUUGGGUUUUAUGUUGCUGAAAUGUGGUUUUCACUGUAGUGCUCUUUAUGCCCUUGUAAAGUCUUUGCCUCUUUCUUAACUGAAUGAAGUUGUGAUCUUUUGUGGUAGUGAUGAUAUUGAUUGAAAUCAAUUGAUUGAAACGUG